GCCCGUCACGUGGCUUCCCCCGAGGGCCGCAAUGGCGGCCACCAGGUACCGGCGGUUCCUGAAGCUCUGCGAGGAGUGGCCGGUGGAGGAGACGAAGCGGCAGCGGGACCUGGGCGUCUUCCUGCGGCAGCGGGUGGCGCAGGCCUUCCGCGAGGGCGAGAACACGCAGAUUGCUGACCCUGUGGCCUGUGACCAGAUGUAUGAGAGCUUAGUCAGAAUCCACACCAACUACUACAAAAAUAAGUAUCCACGCCUGAAAGACACAACCUUCACUGGAGUGACAGUAGAAGAUUGCAAGAUGAUCCUAGCAACAGACAUUCUGAAACAGAUGGAGGAAAUGAAAAAAGGGACAUGGAAAAAAUUGCGAGAAAGAUUUUAUGCCAAGAAAUCUGAAGAAGACUCAAAGUGAUAGGCUAUUCCCCAGCUUUUCCACUGUAUAUAUUCCUAAAGCAUUGUAUGCUGCCAUGAUGAAUAAAGCCAUUCAUUCCUCUUA